ACAUAAUAAUCUCAGCCUCAACACACAUAUAUAGAGAGCCAACAACACAAACAUAGAGAUUCCAGAAAAGAAAAGAAAAGAAAAAGAAAUCAUAGGUCCUCUGAGGAAAUUCCGAUUAGAUGACAGAAGGAGAAGAAUAUUCUCCGAUAAUGAUGUCAGCAGAUCCAUUCAUGAGCAUGAAGAAGAUGAAGAAGAGCAAUCAAAAGAACAACAACCAGAGAAGGUUUAGCGACGAGCAGAUCAAGUCACUGGAGAUGAUGUUCGAGUCAGAGACGAGGCUUGAGCCAAGGAAGAAGGUUCAAUUAGCGAGAGAGCUUGGGUUGCAGCCGAGACAAGUGGCAAUAUGGUUUCAGAACAAGAGGGCUCGUUGGAAGUCAAAGCAGCUAGAGACAGAGUUCAACAUCCUCAGACAAAACUACAACGACUUGGCUUCUCAGUUUGAGUCCCUCAAGAAAGAAAAGCAAGCUUUAGUCUCUGAGUUGCAGAGGUUAAACGAGGCGAUGCAGAAAACACAGGAGGAAGAAAGGCAGUGUUGUGGUGAUCAAGCGGUGGUGGCUCUAAGCAGCACGGAUCAUGAAUCAGAAAUCGAAGAGAACCCGAGGCGCGAACAGGAAGAGCUUAGACCGGAGAUGGAGAUGUGUGAGAAGGGUCAUCAUGACCAUCAUGAUGAUGGUCAUAAUAACAACAACAACAUCAAGAGAGAAUAUUUGGGCGGGUUUGAGGAAGAAGCAGAUCAGUUAAUGAACAUUGUGGAGCCAGCUGAUAGUUGCUUGACAUCAUCUGAUGACUGGAGAGGUUUCAGAUCAGAUACUAAUCUCUUGGACCAGUCAAGCAGCAAUUACCCAUGGUGGGAUUUUUGGUCAUGAAAACAAAAAUGAAGAGGCAAACAUAUUUAGUCUUUUUGCAGACUAAAAGAUGUUGAAUAGAGAGAUUGGAUACAUGUUCAAAAACCGAAAUUUACAAAAGCAAACGUAUCCAUCACAUGACUUGAGCCACGGAUAUAGAGGUUUUGGGUCCAGCAAAUGACUCGUCGAAAGCAGCAGCAGGGAUUUUGAGCUGAAAUCUCAUGUGGUCUUUGUCUGUAUAAAUUGUGUGUUAGAAAGUCGUAUAUUCUCUCAGUUAAUCAUUCUGUUAUAAGUAGUAGUAAGUAGUCAUCAUGCUUUGUAGCAAACUAGUAAGUUUAAGACUUGAUUUGGAUGAAUAAAAAUACUCAAAAGGCAAUAGAAUCA